AUGCGCAUGAGUGCUACGCUCAUUAUUACCCCCACCGCCACCCCCUGCCCGUCAACCUCCUGCAGAGAUUCGCUACUAUCAAGCAACACCUCAGUACGGAAUACCGCCGCGUUGCCAUGGCGACGGUUCUCGACCAAUGCGAGCGAAGAAACGGUCUCGUUAGUACUGCUGUGGAGUACCCAACGAGAGAUGAGUCCAGACACCGAAACGGCCACUACGGCCGUCACGAAGACUGAAGCGUCGCCCAGCUCAGCAGUGCGAACGUACGAUUCAUCAGAAGCACUGGCGACGGAGUUAGUGCCUAUGGUCACCAAGAACGUUCUCUGCCAACAUCACGUGUGCUCGAUACCG